AUGCCACACGAAGACCAUAGGAAAUACAGGGUUCAGCGUGCUGACCUCCCUGCGAUGCCUCACUUCACUGAUUUCAACGACCCGCGCUUCUGCGGGACGACGAACAAGCAGAAGAACGGUAUUCUGGCCUACUAUCAGUGGCUACAUUGCAUCGGCAACUGGGGUGAGGAGCACUCGAUGUGCAAAAAGAUGCGCUGGUAUGUGGAGCGCAUGAUGCACGAAACGUGGCUGGAGAAGUGGGAGGAAAAGCGUGCCCUCGGACACUUUGACCAUACUAUUCUCUAUGGUGUGAAGCCGUGGAAGGAGUUUGAGCCGCUUUACCAACCAGUGAAGAAGAACCGCAAGGGUGCGUAUGAGUUUUGGCUAGACCGCAACUUUGAGCCUCUCUACGAUGCCGACGCGGCUGACUGGCGCGAGAAGGCGCCGAUUCUUCAUGACAUGUUUGUGCUAGGAAAGAAACCCGUCUCAGCGUAA